AUGGACUCCGUGGGGAUUCGACAUUAUGGAACAUUCACCAUCAACGCUUCUCAGCCCGUGAGCGACAAGAUCUUCGACCUCUCCGCUUUCGAGAAGUUCCUUCACGACCGUAUCAAGGUUGAGGGCCGUGUCGGCAACCUCGGUGACAAGGUUGUCAUCUCCCAGGUCGGCGAUGGCAAGAUCGAGGUUGUUUCCCACAUUCCCUUCUCUGGUCGCUACCUCAAGUACUUGACCAAGAAGUACCUCAAGAAGCAGCAGCUCCGUGACUGGCUUCGCGUUGUCGCCACCUCCAAGGGUGUCUACGAGCUCCGCUUCUACAACGUCGCCAGCGAGGAGGCUGACGAGGAUGAGGAGUAA